CUCAGGGACACGGGGUGGACACAGCCCCUCCUGGGCCAGGCACUUAUUAGGCAUCAGUAGGUGCCAGUUCACUUUCUGUGAGGCCCAUCUUGGUGAUUGUCUAUUUAGUACUUGUGGACCUAAGUUGGGCUUAGGAUUUUUGUCACCUGCCUUCCCUCCGCAGGGCCACAGACAAGGCCCCAUAGGUUCAGUCUGGCAGAAUUUUUAUCCUCCUAAAAGUAUCCUCAGGCUUCACCCCCUGUCCAUUCCCGCCUGCCUCCAACUCCCCUGCCUCCUCCACUCAGCAAGUUGGUGCACUGUCGGCGAGCAUCUGGAAGGUGUUCUCCUGUUGGGCCAAACAGGAAAGCCUGUGUCUAAAAAUUAACAGUGUGGUUUGGGUUCCUCACAUCUCCAACCCCUACAAAAUAUAGCCAUUGGUGGGAUAUGAGAUUCCAAAAGUCUAAUGGAGAGAAGCAUCGUCUGGUCCCUCUUGGGAUGCGGCGUUGGAAGGCAGCCUCCGGGAAGUAGGGCCCGGAUCGUGCGGGCACAGUAGGGGCACAGCAGGUGGCUGAUAAAUCUCUGAUAAACAAUCUCUCCACGGCAUCCGCUCAGGUAGCGGGCGGCCGCGCGCGGCCUCCCCGAGGGGUGCGGAUCCCCUGGACUUGCAGGGCCAGCCCACAGUAGGGCCGCAGGCUAGGCACUCGACGAGGUGCAGCUGCCGUCAGUCUCGGGCGGCUGGGAGCGCGGCGGGGGUGGGGCUCCCUGGUGCCCGCGGACUCCAUUUCCCACAGGCCCCCGCUCGCGCCUCAGUUCCCACAAUCCCCGCUCCGCUUCCGGCGCGGCCGGGACGCAGCCGACGGCUUCCGGGUUUGGGCCUGGCGCUGCGGUUGAGGCGGCGGCUUCCGAGCGGGCCGCGGGCGGUAGGAGCGGGGCACCGGCAUGGACGUUUCGGGGCAGGAGACUGACUGGCGGAGCGCCGCCUUCCGGCAGAAGCUGGUCAGCCAAAUAGAGGAUGCCAUGAGGAAGGCUGGCGUGGCCCACAGUAAAUCCAGCAAGGACAUGGAGAGCCACGUGUUUCUGAAGGCCAAGACCCGGGAUGAAUACCUUUCUCUCGUGGCCAGGCUCAUUAUCCAUUUUCGAGACAUCCAUAACAAGAAAUCACAAGCUUCUGUCAGUGACCCUAUGAACGCGCUGCAGAGCCUGACUGGUGGGCCCGCCGCGGGAGCAGCCGGCAUUGGCCUACCUGCUCGGGGCCCCGGCCAGCCCCUGGGCGGGAUGGGCGGCCUGGGGGCCAUGGGGCAGCCGAUGCCACUCUCGGGGCAGCCACCUCCCGGCACCUCGGGGAUGGCCCCCCAUGGCAUGGCCGUCGUGUCCACGGCCGCUCCGCAGACCCAGCUGCAGCUCCAGCAGGUGGCGCUGCAGCAGCAGCAGCAGCAGUUCCAGGCACAGCAGCAGGCGGCGCUGCAGCAGCAGCAGCAGCAGCAGUUCCAGGUGCAGCAGAGCGCCAUGCAGCAGCAGUUUCAGGCCGUGGUGCAGCAGCAGCAGCUCCAGCAGCAGCAGCAGCAGCAGCAGCAGCAUCUGAUCAAGUUGCAUCAUCAGAACCAGCAGCAGAUGCAGCAGCAGCAGCAGCAGCAACUCCAACGGAUGGCACAGCUGCAGCUGCAGCAACAGCAACAGCAACAGCAGCAGCAGCAGCAGGCUUUGCAGGCCCAGCCGCCAAUACAGCAGCCCCCAAUGCAGCAGCCACAGCCUCCCCCCUCACAGGCCCUGCCCCAGCAGCUGCAGCAGCUGCACCACCCACAGCACCACCAGCCACCACCGCAGCCCCAGCCGCCGGUGGCCCAGAACCAGCCAUCGCAGCUCCCACCUCAGUCACAGACGCAGCCUUUGGUGUCGCAGGCUCCGGCCCUCCCUGGACAGAUGCUGUACGCCCAGCCACAGCUGAAACUCGUCCGGGCUCCGAUGGUGGUGCAGCAGCCGCAGGUGCAGCCCCAGGUGCCGCAGGUGCAGCCCCAGGUGCCACCGCAGACAGCAGUGCCGACGGCUCAGGCCUCCCAGAUAGUGGGUCCCGGAGUCCAGGUCAGCCAGAGCGGCCUCACCAUGCUGUCGUCACCGUCGCCGGGCCAGCAGGUGCAGACCCCGCAGUCGAUGCCCCCUCCCCCCCAGCCGUCCCCGCAGCCUGGCCCGCCCAGCUCACAGCCCAACUCCAACGUCAGCUCCGGCCCUGCCCCGUCCCCCAGCAGCUUCCUGCCCAGCCCUUCGCCACAGCCCUCCCAGAGUCCGGUGACGGCGCGCACCCCGCAGAACUUCAGCGUCCCCUCCCCAGGACCUUUGAACACGCCUGUGAACCCCAGCUCCGUCAUGAGCCCCGCGGGCUCAAGCCAGGCCGAGGAGCAGCAGUACCUGGACAAGCUGAAGCAGCUGUCCAAGUACAUCGAGCCCCUGCGCCGUAUGAUCAACAAGAUCGACAAGAACGAAGACAGAAAAAAGGACCUGAGUAAGAUGAAGAGCCUUCUGGACAUCCUGACAGACCCCUCCAAGCGGUGCCCUCUGAAAACGCUGCAGAAGUGUGAGAUCGCCCUGGAGAAACUCAAGAACGACAUGGCAGUGCCCACGCCCCCACCGCCCCCGGUGCCGCCAACCAAGCAGCAGUACCUGUGCCAGCCACUCCUGGACGCCGUCCUGGCCAAUAUCCGCUCACCUGUCUUCAACCAUUCCUUGUACCGCACGUUCGUGCCUGCCAUGACGGCCAUACACGGCCCCCCCAUCACGGCCCCGGUGGUGUGCACCCGGAAGCGUAGGUUUGAAGAGGACGAACGGCAGAGCAUCCCCAAUGUGCUCCAGGGGGAGGUGGCCCGGCUAGACCCCAAGUUCCUGGUGAACUUGGACCCUUCUCACUGCAGUAACAACGGCACCGUCCACCUGAUAUGCAAGCUGGAUGACAAGGACCUCCCCAGCGUGCCACCGCUGGAGCUCAGCGUGCCUGCUGACUACCCUGCCCAGAGCCCGCUGUGGAUCGACCGGCAGUGGCAAUACGACGCCAACCCCUUCCUGCAGUCGGUGCACCGGUGCAUGACUUCACGGCUGCUGCAGCUCCCUGACAAGCACUCGGUCACGGCCCUGCUCAACACCUGGGCCCAGAGCAUCCACCAGGCCUGCCUCUCGGCCGCCUAGCCGCCACCGCCGCUGCAUCUCCGGCUGCCUGCCCUCCAGGGACCGUGGGGCAGCCGGCAGCCUCGUCAGGGCCCCAUGUUGGACAUUUCUAGAUGCUGGCUUCCUUAGAGAGCUUGGGCUUAGGUUAGCUUUCCUGCUUUUAUCUUCUGCCUUGGGGACCCGCCAAACAUUUCCCACACUUGGACAGGACUGGGACAGGUGGCUGGCUGCUUCCUCCAGGAGCCAAGCAUGCCCCCGGCCCUGUGCUCCUUGGGCUACUGUCCCCGCAGCCUCUGCAGGGCCUGUGUCCUUCCUCGGGGACUCAGGGUCCCAUGUGAGCCUCUUGCGUGUGCGCCAGAAAACCCUUCUACCGUUUCCAUAGGGGAACGUGCAGGACAUAGGAAACCCUUAAAACAUGCAGAAUUCCCUGAUCACGGUUUUGGGUUCAGAUCGUGCCACCGUUGGCAUGUGGGGCACGCCACAGGGAAGCUCCAGGAUCCAGGGGCGCUGGCUGCAGCUCGAGGGAAGGUCUGUUUGUGGCUGUGGGUCCCCGGCCACCGGCUGGGCCUCAUACCUCAUGAUCCUUCUCAUUCUAGCCCUGGGAGUCUGCUCAGCACUGUGGAGGCACCUGGGGAGCAGGGGCGUCUGGGUGGAUCUUGUUCCUGGCGCUGUGCCCACUGGUUAGGCACUUAGGCCCACUCGGGUUAGGAUGUUGUCCUCGGGACCCAGCGUCUUAAGAACGCUUCAAACAGAUGAGGGCUUCUGACGGGGCGCCAGCCGGCCCUCUGGCGAUGAGAGGUUCCCCCCUUUUGUAUGUGCAUUACCGUGUCUUCUGUGGUUCUUAUAAUAAAUUUAUUAUUCCUGUGUU